AAGAAAUCGAGAUCGAGGUCACUGAGGGUGAGGCUGAUGCGGCCAGUACUGCCGAAGUGGCUGAUGCUGCUGCUGCCGCUGUCGUGACCACCGCUGCCGACACAACUCGAGGUCGAGAUCACAGACGUCAAUGAAAAUCUUCAGUCUUCUACUACUGCUACCACUGGCGACUCUGAGAAUGGCGCCAGUGCUGACCGCAAGCCUCUUUCCGUCCUCAACAAUGGUGACACAGCCGGGCCUCUCGUGUUUGGCGAUGACUCGCUUCCUCUUCGUAUCUUGGGAUGCACUUCUUCCGGAUCUUCAAGCCAGGUUCUUAGACAGCAAAACACAACGUUCGACUUCAACAACAAGAAGGCCAAAGAGAAGAAAGGCAUCAGAGGCAUCACCUGGCGCAACAUUCCUGGUGUCAGACAAGUCUCUAACCUACUCAAGGAUCGCAAUGGCGGUGGUCCAGUACAAUCCAAGGAAGAUGUCGAGAAGAAGUGCAAGAAAAGAUAGUAACGGUCAUCUUCCUUUACCGGAUACCUGAGUUAUUGUAUAGCUUAUUGAAAGUGAUUGCUCUUGUCAUAAUACAAGAAUGUACUGUGCGAUCAAGAGAGUAUUGAUAUCCUCGAGUCAAUGUGGUGAUCUGUCCACUCGGCGUUGGCAUCCGCUUUCGCGACUGCACGACAAGAACUUGUCAUCGACACAAUCGUGGUUUCCGAUCAAUUAGUCAGAAGUUCGAUACUGACGAGAAAGUAAUAGUGCG